AUGGUACCAUUGCUGUCAGUUGCCCAGUCCAGAAACCUGGAAGGCUACCCCCAACAUAAACAGCACCUCACUCUCUGGUAUUCAAUGUCUCUCUUUUAUAACAGUCAGUAUGUUGAUUUAUUGACAGCUGUGCAUUGUUUACAGAUGAAGACUCAGUACUCAUUUAAGCGGGUAUUUGGGACUCACACCACCCAGAAGGAACUUUUUGAUGUUGUAGCCAAUCCCUUGGUAGAUGACCUCAUUCAUGGCAAGAAUGGUCUUUUAUUUACAUAUGGUGUGACGGGAAGUGGAAAAACCUACACAAUGACAGGGUCUCCGGGCUCUGGAGGCCUGCUUCCUCGUUGUUUGAAUAUGAUCUUUAACAGCAUAGGGUCAUUUCAAGCAAAACGUUACGUGUUUAAGUCUAAUGAUAGGAACAGCAUGGAAAUACAGUGUGAAGUCGAUGCCUUGUUGGAACGUCAGAAAAGAGAAGCCAUGCCUAUUUCAAAGACCCCCUCUAGCAAGCGACAACCAGAUCCAGAGUUUGCAGAUAUGAUAAACGUCCAAGAAUUCUGCAAAGCAGAAGAAGUUGAUGAGGACAGUGUCUAUGGAGUAUUCAUCUCAUUCAUUGAAAUCUAUAAUAAUUACAUAUAUGAUCUAUUGGAAGAAGUGCAGUUUGAUCCCAUAAAGCCCAAUGUAAAGCCAUAUUGCACUACCAUUCCACCAGAGUCCUUGGUUCCAUAUUGAGAUUCAAAGCUAACCCAUCUAUUCAAGAACUACUUCGAUGGGGAGGGGAAGGUUCGGAUGAUCGUGUGUGUGAAUCCAAAGGCUGAGGACUAUGAAGAAAGCUUGCAAGUCAUGAGAUUUGCUGAAGUAACGCAAGAAGUCGAAGUAGCAAGACCAGUAGACAAGGUGAUAUGUGGCCUGACACCGGGGAGACGGUACAGAAACCUGCCUUUGGGAGACCCAGUUGGAGAUGAACCUUUGAUGACUGAAGUGAUUCUACAGAGCUUCCCACCACUGCCCCCUUGCAAGCUUUUGGAUAUCAAUGAUGAGGAGACCUUUCCAAACAUGAUUGAUGCUUUGGAGAAACGGCAUCACCAACGACAACUAUCGAUUGAGGACCUUACCAAACGAUGUGUAGCUUUCAAAGCCUUACUAAAAACAUUUGACAGUUCUCUAUCAAAUAAAGAAAACUACAUUCAGGAAAAACUAAAUGAAAAAGAAAAAUUUCUCAGGACAGAAAUUGAAAAUAGAGCGAUCUCAGGACAGAAAUUGAAAAUAGAGCGAUUAGAGAAGAAAAACAAAACUUUGGAGUACAAGAUUGAGAUUUUGGAGAAAACAACUACAAUCUAUGAAGAAGAUAAACGCAAUCUGCAGCAGGAACUUGAAAGCCAGAAUCAGAAGCUUCAGCGGCAGGUUUCUGACAAGCGCAGAUUAGAAGCCAGGUUGCAAGGCAUGGUGACAGAAACGUCAAUGAAGUGGCAGAAGGAAUGUGAGCGUCGGGUGGCAGCCACCCAGCUAGAGAUGCAGAAUAAACUCUGGGUCAAAGAUGAAAAGCUCAAACAGCUGAAGGCCAUUGUGACUGAACCCAAACCUGAGAAACCAGAGAGACCUUCCCGGGAGCGGGACAGGGAGAAAAUCAUUCAGAGAUCUGUCUCUCCUUCGCCUGUGCCUCUUUCUAGUAACAAUAUUGCUCAGCUUUCCAACGGCCAGCAACUCAUGAGCCAGCCACAGCUCCACAGACGCUCUAACUCUUGCAGCAGCAUUUCUGUAGCUUCCUGUAUUUCGGAAUGGGAGCAGAAACUAUCUCCAUUCAGCACACCUGUCAAUGUCACCUCUCUUGCAAGGCAUAGGCAGCAGGAGCCAGGACAAAGUAAAUCGUGUGUCGUGUCAGACAGAAGGCGAGGGAUGUGCUGGACUGAAGGCAGGGAGAUGGUCCCUACAUUCAGCAGUGAGAUAGGCGUAGAAGAGGACCAUUGCCGCAGGGUUAGUCCAGCGUUCUUUAAAGCCUUGUGGUGA